AAAAAUUUUGUUUUAGUAAAAUAAGAUCUUUUUACAUGAAGUAAAUAAUAAAACAUAAUAAAAGAACAAUUUGCAUUGAAAUGAAAACGCCAUUUUUAAAGAAUUAUGCUAAAAAAGUUGAUGUUCAAAAGAAUCAAAGGGGUAGAAUUGAAAAGAAAAAAGAUUUUAAGAGGCAAACAGAAAAAAAUAUAGUGAAGAAAAAGCUUCAUGGUAGUCUACUUCUAUUUACUAAGCACUUUGAUGCAAGAACAAAGCUAUCUUCACAUUCUUCACAUACUAAAAGACCUCUGUUCCCAAAAAGAGAGGAAUCCCUAAGAAGAUCAGUUAUUGAUUCACCUAAAAAGACAGUAAUUAGCAGACACAUUCAACCCAAGCACAACAAGGAGAGGCAAUCUAUAUUUACUGGAAAAUCAAUAAAAGUUGUUGCAAAAAAUACAACACAAUGUUCACUUAUAGAUAGUCCUUCUACAGAGAAAUCUACAUGCACAACAUCUAAACUUGUCAAAUCAAAUAGUCAAUCAAAUGUUACAGAAAAUCGCAAGCAAUCUUUGGCUGCAAAGGUUGUCGUCUCAAAUCUACAUCCUAAUGUUACUGAUGAUGAUAUUAAGGAAUUGUUUGGAGUGCUAGGAGAUCUUCGACGUGCCUCAUUAACAGGUUUAGGAAGUGCAGAAGUAAUUUAUAAAAAUACAGACGAUGCAUUUGCUGCUUACAGUAAAUACCAUGGAAGAAAUCUUGAUGGUCAACCCAUGAUACUAAAACUAACAACUACUGAUGAAAAUGAUAUGAAUAACAGUGGAAUCAUAGGUCGAUCCAGUCGACAUUCUCAAAGCGCAAUGCAACACUACGUCCCACCGCCACGUUUGCAAUCAACGAAGCCCGUCGUUUUUACUGUGAAGUUAUAGAUUUUUUUUUUUUUUUUCCUACAAAAUUUAUAUUUAUAAUGUUUAUUGUUACAAACCUUAUUAUAAACCAUUUUGAAUCUUUUUCAAAUAAAUAAAUCAGUUUGGUUGUUAGAAAA